AUGACGUCUCCAAAUUCCAGCCCAGAAAAUCAAGUCCCAACCAUCGAAUCCAGCUUUCAUCCGGUCAAUACUGCUGAACACACUCCUAAUUUCUCAUUUUCUCCACAGCCACAACCUUCCCAACCUAUAAACUCUGCAAAUCAACUAGCUAUUGUGCGCCUGGAUUAUGGAAAUUUUCUCAUAUGGAGACAGCAUGUUCUUACUGGAAUUCACGAUUUUAGGUUGUUGAGAUUUAUUGAUGGUUCUACUAUCUGCCCUCCAGAACUCACAUCAACCAUAAAUGGUAGACCAGGGUCCGUCAAUCUGGACUAUGUUUUCUGGCAUCGCCAAGACCAAUUGAUAUUUUCUUGGUUAUUGGCAUCAAUGACAGAGAAUAUUCAAGCCCAAAUGGUGGGAUCAAACACUACAUAA